UUACCGCAAAAAAAGCUUUUCCUGGUCUGGAAAUGGUGACCAUGUGAAGGGUGUCGGAGAACAAGCCCUGGGCCCCGCCUCGUCUUAACCAUCCCCGCAGAGAGAAUCAGUCAGAAUCAAACAAACUACGUUUCCCUAUGCUUCUUUAAGAAAAUGACAAGACGGCUACUGUCUCACAGUCAAGAGCCUCGCGCACUCACACACCCUGCUCCAUAAUCACACUUGCAAACCAUAAAUUACCCGUCUCUCUCUCUCUCUCUCUCGGUCUACAGCGUUCCCGGUUGCAGUCCACACGUACGGUCUCAGACUCGCAUUGGCUGCUUGCUAUCCAUUUCUCGCUCGUAUCCUUACAGCUUUACUCUUUUUUAAGAGCCGCAGCUGCAUAACUUUUCAGUUGGCUCACCCCAAUUACUGAUCAACCAAGUUUAUCUCAUCGUCUGCUUGAGAGAGAUCCCCGAUCCCAUGGAGUUGAGCACAUUUCGCGACUGCUCUUCGCUAAUACUACUUUUUAUCUCAGGAAUUUUGUUGUUUCCUGUAAUGGUUGCUUCAAUUGGGAUAAACUACGGCCAAAUAGCGAACAAUCUACCUUCGCCAGAGAGCGUGGUACCUCUUGUCAAAACCAUCGGUGCCACUAAGGUGAAGCUCUACGACGCAGAUCCACGAGUGCUCAAAGCAUUCGCCAACACCGGCGUGGAAUUCGUUGUCGGGCUGGGAAACGAGUACUUGGCGAAGAUGAAGGACCCAGAAAAUGCCCAAGCCUGGGUCAAGACCAACGUCCAGGCCUACCUUCCGGCAACGAACAUCACCUCCAUCUUCGUUGGCAACGAAGUUUUAACCUUCAACGACACCGCUCUCGCAGGUUGUCUCCUACCGGCAAUGCAGAAUGUGCACACGGCGCUCGUGAAUCUUGGGUUAGACAAGCAGGUGGCUGUGACCACCGCUCACUCUCUGGCCAUUCUCGAAACCUCGUACCCACCUUCGGCCGGGGCUUUUCGCCGCGAUCUGUCGGGCUGUAUCACCCAGAUUUUGAGCUUCCACGCCAAGACGGGCUCGCCAUUCUUAAUCAACGCGUACCCUUACUUCGCGUACAAGGCGAGCCCGAAGCAUGUCACGCUGGACUUCGUUCUCUUCCAGCCGAACCCAGGGGUCGUAGACCCUGUUACGAACCUCCGUUACGACAACAUGCUGUUCGCGCAGAUCGACGCCGUGUACGCCGCACUCGCUUCAGCUGGCUACAAGAAGCUGCCGGUUCACAUCUCCGAGACGGGUUGGCCGUCGAGAGGGGACGAGGACGAGGUCGGCGCGACCCCGGAGAACGCCAAGAAGUACAACGGGAAUCUGUUUAAGCUGAUGAAGAAGAAGGGUACGCCGAUGAGACCGAGCUCGGACCUGAACAUCUACGUCUUUGCUUUGUUCAACGAGAACAUGAAGCCCGGACCGACUUCGGAGAGGAAUUACGGGCUGUUCAAGCCGGACGGGACUCCCGCGUACGCCCUUUGCAUUGCAACAAACGACGGCGUUAGUAACACUACGAACUUCGGGGGCUCUACUCCUGGCGGCUCUACUGCUGACAGCUCUACUCCUGGCAGCUCUGAUACCCCCCUGACGCCGCCCACAGGUUAUUUGUCCAUUACCUCUGCUGCUCCGGAGAGGUACCAAUCUGUGGCUGCUCCAGCAUUCCUUUUCUUCUUCAUGUCUAUGAUGAUGAUGAUGAUGAUGGGAUUGGUCCACCAUUAAAGAUGGGAGAGCUAAGCGUUCAAACUUUUACCAGCCUCCAAGUAAAAAAAAAAAAAAAAAAACUGCAAAAAAAAAAGA